AUGCUCAGUAAUACUAUUUGUCUCUACGUGAACUUAUUUCUGGUCAUCGUGAACAUCCUUCAAAUUCUUGCCAAUUUUGUCGUGCUGAUCGCUUGGUGUACAUCAAAAAGGCUGCUCCGUAACGAUAACUUGAUCCUUCUCGUCUCACUCGCCUUCAUCGACUUUAUCUAUGCUGUUCUACAGAUUCCCUAUUUGACGGUUCUCAUCGCUGGAACUAAACCGAAUGGUGUUCCACCAGACUACAAUCCAUGGUUGAUUGUUCUACUGGGUGGACCAUCAGCAGCUUUGUUGAAAUCAGGAUGGGCUAUUACAAAUGCAAUAGCUAUUGAUCGAGUAGUGGCGAUACGUUUUCCGGUACAAUACUAUAAACGGUCUAAACGAAACUGGUCAAUUGGAGCAUUCGCCUUCGCGAUAGUACUAGCCUUUAUUGAUUGGAUUAUUCUACAGCGUACGGUAACUAUCCGGAGACUACCGUACUGCACUUCAUUUGGCUGUUUCACAAAUGAUGUUUUCCGCGCUUAUUCGGGACUUUCGAAUAUGGUGCUAACAUUUCUUUUGUGUAUGCUGAUUAUGGUGAUAUUAUACUAUCUCUGCAAGGGCUCAAAGACUACGUCCUUAUCAGCGGAAAUCGAAAUGCAGAAUAGGCAUAGGAUUGAUAAAAACGUAAGUUUUCUUCCUAAAUUUUUUCUUAUACUUCUUUUACCUCAUUUCGGAAUAGCCAUUCCUUGUAUUCUCGAAGAAUUCUAA